AUAUAUCAAAUUUUAUUUGGACACUGGACAGUUUCGGGUAACAGCUGAUUUAAGAAAAAGGAUCGAUUGUUCUCUUAUUUACAUAGUCAGGAAUUUUUUCCUCUCCCUCCUUCUGUCUGUGUCUUAUCACAGAUGAUAAUGAUGCAGCUAAUUCGCGAUAUAAUUUUCGAAAGCAAUGCGAUACUUGUACAACGAAUGACGAGGAAAGGUCUCGAUACGAUAGCGAUAUGAGUGAUCGGUAUUAAAGUCCGAAAGUGAAUAUUGACCGAUAAAAAAAAUCGAUAAGAUCGAUGAACGAAAGAGGGACGCGGUCUUAUCCCUGUAAAAAUAAAUCCGGAUAAGUAAAGACUAAACCAUGGUUUCAAGCACGUGUGUACACAUUGGGAAUAGUAUAUCGUUGGAUCUCGAUACGGUUAAACAAAAUAUACUUAAUAUUGCGCAUGUUGCAGGUUGCGCAAUAUGCUUUUACGAGAUAACGCCAACAAUAAAUAAAGAUUGGUAAGUUUGCGCGCGAAGGCGGGAUCUGGACCCGCUCUCGAGAGUCAGCGAGAUACGAGCAUUAUCUGCCACUUAUGUUGCUCUCCGCGUAUACGCGUUAUCUUUUUAAGUCAUACGAUUCUUACGAAGCUUCGCGUCGAGCGAAAUGUCCUGAUAAUAUUCCCGAGGUGGAAAAGGAACGCUAUUAAUUGCCCGUCAAACGCCUCGUUUUGACGCAACAUCCCCGUGUUUCAGGUGUUAAUAUAGUGCAUAUAUUCAAAAUAUAUCACGGUAAAUCAUUAACACUUUCUUUUAUCACUAAUAAAUUCUUCAUAAAUUUACUUAACUCUAACUGAAGUUUCGUUCUACAAAUUUUUGGUGCCAUGGACUAUCAUAUGCAAACUAUAAUCUCUUAAUAGAUCGAUCGACAAAAUGCAGAUAAUAUAGCAGUUUAAUUUAGAUCCCAGGAGAUAUUUUAGUCCUUUCGUAGAAUUUAAGGAAACAAGAUGACAUAUGAAUCCGAGAUUUCUAAAUUUUCCUUUGAACUUUGAAACAUUUUGUUCCUUUUCGAAUAUUCUAUGUUUUCAGUUUUUAUCUAACUGACAUUUUUCUUCAGUCCCCUAUUUUUGUUCCCUUCUCUAAAUUAUUACUGCUUCCAUGGUGUAUUUUAGUGUAAUUUACAUUAUCAAGUCUAAACUCAGGUCUAAACUCUCGAAACCUCCCGCUGACCAUUAUUGACCGUGGAAACUUUUUGUUUCGUCUUGACAGUUACAACAUGUUUACGGUAAGUGUGAGGAUAAUGACAUCUUUUUCCUUUUUUCAGGCUAGAGCUCCGCGGUCCUGGAGCCCUGAAUUGUUUCCUUUUAGCAUAUUUUUCUUUCAAACGCAUCCUUGAAUUUUUUCCCCGAUUACUGAAGAGAAAUUCUUCUUUCAAGUUGUUUGAUUACGAGCUAAAAGAUUCUUGAGCGCAUUAUCGUGAUUCAUAAAUCAUUGGCUCUCUCUCUCUCUCUCUCGACACACAUUUUCCUUCGUUUUAUCCUUCAUAUUUCUCAACCCCCUGAAUUAAAACCAGCGGAUGAUCGAAAUUUGCUUUAACGUUCAAUCAUCAUCUCCGCGAGAGAUCUAGCAUCUUUCCGCGAUUAUUUCUCCUCACGGCAGCUCCGUUGAUGAAGCACGUGGAGGAUAUCCCAGGGCGACACCUAGCGUCCGGAAGGUGGCGGGACGAACGUUCCUUGGCGAUUGGCAGCGACGACGGCGGCGGUUCAUCAGUUGACACACACGCGCCGUUGGGUGUGGAUCGUUUCGCGCGAACUGUCAUUUGCUGUCAGCUGUGUAAUAUGUGACGAGGCGUGUAUUCGCGAUAACGUUCGCAACGUGUUACGGUGCGGUUGUACUUCGUUGCUGGUGAAUAUAAAAUUUCUUCAGGGUGAAAAACGUGCGUCAAAGUGGGUGCCGGUGCCUCGCCAAUUUUUCCUCCUGUCUCGCACGACUGUGAUGAAUGACGGUGAGAGCGUCGCCUCUUGGUUUCUCGACGAGUUGCGGUAGUGACGUAAAACUUUGGAGUAACAUGUACCCUACCGCCGGCAUCAACGCAGCGGCGGUAGCCGUCGCAGCAGCUAGACAUCCGUUUGAGUUGGAGGGUCCGCCGCAGCCUAGUCAGCCGUUCAAGUUCACGGUGCCCGAAUCCUGCGAGAGGAUCAAGGAGGAAUUCAACUACCUGCAGGCGCAGUAUCAUCAGCUGAAGCUGGAGUGCGACAAACUGGCUAGCGAGAAGAUCGAGAUUCAGCGGCACUACGUGAUGUAUUACGAGAUGUCGUACGGCUUGAAUUUCGAGAUACAAAAACAAAUGGAGAUAGUGAAGAGACUGAGCACUCUCAUCGGGCAAAUUCUGCCUUAUUUGUCGCAAGACCAUCAGCAGCAGGUCGCCACUGCUGUUGAAAGGUCUAAGCAGAUUACGAUGGCCGACAUACAACAGAGGCAGCAAGACCUACCGCGGCUUCUUCAGCAAAUGCAUCCUCAGCAAAUACCAUCGGCGGCGGCGAUAGCCGCUCACCCGGGUCUACCCGGACUUCCCGGAUUGGGGCCAGCUGCCGGCCUUCCGGUGCCGACUUCCGCGUCCGCGGCUUUGCUCGGCAUCAGCCUGACGCCCGCUACCGCGACCCCGAACGCGACCGCCGCCGCGCAUUCCCUGUCGAUGCUCGGCAAGCCGGAUAUCCAUCGCGGUCAGCCGGACGAUCUCAAGAGCAACGGUGGUCUAAGCUCGACGGAGGAGAGACACAGGGGCUCGAUAUCGCCCGGCGACAAAUACAGCCGGUCACGCACACCGCAGGAAACCACUCACACUCAUCAUUCUCAACAUUCGCAUAAUCAUCAUGAUCACUCGAUCAAGAAGCUGAAGAAGGAGGAAAAAGAGGUCGUACACAGCGACGGCGAGAAGAGUGACCAGGAUCUAAUCGUGGACGACGGAAGCGAUGGUCCGCCUAGUCCAGUCGCGAACGGCAGGAUGUCGCCGCGAGAGAAUGGCCUGGACAAGGCGUCCUCGAUAACGGCGCCGACGAUAGGCUCCACCGGCGUGCAAACGUCCAAGAGGGACUCGAUCAUCGCGCCGCCGCACUCGCCCAGAAGCGGCACCAGCAGCAACGCGAGCACACCGUCUGCCAAGAAGAUGGAGGACCGUGACAAACCGUCGACGCCGAUCUCGAAGCCCAUGACGCCGACGUCGGGGUCGGCGACGGUAAUCGGCGGGGUGAAGACGCCGACGACCUCCAGCAAGUUGCUGCAGGCUGCGUCGGUGACAUCCGCUGCCGUGCCGCCACCGACCGCUUAUCCAAGUGCGUUGCAUUAUCCACCACCGCCACCCCAUACCCUCAUGUCGACGGUGCACGGUCAACAUCCGCAUGUCGACGCCAUGGCUUACAACGGUUACGCGACACCCAGAGCGCCUUCCACGUUACAGCUGUACGAUCCGCACGCGGCUAUAAGGGCUUCGGUAGGAUCUGUCGGCAUACCUGGUGGCAAACCCGCGUAUAGCUACCAUAUCCUCGACGGUCAGAUGCAACCGUCGCCUUUCCCGCAGGAUGCUCUCAUCGGUCCAGGCAUACCGCGCCACGCGCGUCAAAUUAAUACUCUCAAUCACGGCGAAGUAGUCUGCGCGGUAACGAUCUCGAACCCGACCAAGUACGUUUACACCGGCGGUAAGGGUUGCGUCAAAGUCUGGGACAUCGCCCAGACGAGUCUGAGCAACGUGAAACCAGUCUCGCAGCUCGAUUGUCUGCAGCGCGAAAACUACAUCAGGUCGGUGAAGCUGCUUCCGGACGGAAGGACGUUAAUAGUCGGCGGUGAAGCGAGUCAGCUGAGCAUUUGGGACCUGGCCAGCCCGACACCGAGGAUCAAGGCUGAAUUAACUUCCUCAGCACCGGCCUGUUACGCCUUGGCGAUCUCGCCCGACUCCAAGGUGUGCUUCAGCUGCUGCAGCGACGGAAACAUCGCAGUGUGGGACCUACAUAAUCAAGUGCUGCUCAGACAAUUCCAGGGCCACACGGACGGCGCCUCAUGCAUAGAUAUUUCCGCCGACGGUUUGAAACUUUGGACGGGGGGUCUCGACAAUACCGUGCGCUCCUGGGACCUCCGCGAAGGCAGACAACUUCAGCAACACGACUUUUCGUCGCAGAUAUUCUCCCUCGGCUAUUGUCCCACCGGCGAGUGGUUGGCAGUCGGGAUGGAGAACUCGCACGUCGAAGUGUUACACGCCACGAAACCGGACAAGUAUCAAUUGCAUCUGCACGAUUCCUGCGUAUUGUCCUUGAGAUUCGCCUCCUGUGGUAAAUGGUUCGUCUCUACUGGAAAGGACAAUUUACUGAAUGCCUGGCGUACUCCUUACGGCGCAUCAAUAUUCCAGUCGAAGGAAUCCUCAUCGGUACUCAGUUGCGACGUAUCGACGGACGACAAGUACAUCGUCACUGGUUCUGGCGACAAGAAGGCCACUGUCUACGAGGUCAUAUACUGAGGCGUUAUCAACUUUGUCCCUUGGAAAUAAAGUCGCUCGUACGAGAGCUCUCACGAAACAUACGGAACGAUGUUAUUGUUCUUUUCAUUGACGUUGUUAUCGCUCGUUGACAGAAAAGUGAGAUCAGAGUCGCGCCAAACGAAAACGAUAGAUUCGAUAGAUUUUUUCAAAAAUUUUAACAAUCGCACAUUUUUGACAGAAUAAUAAUUUGAAACGUACUUAAAGAGGAACGUUAGAUUUUUGGAUUAUACAUGUACAAUAUAUAU